AUGACGCCGUCGGACUGUGCGGCGAGAAUUCUGGCGGCGGCGCGCGAGCGCCGUUCCGACGUCGUUUUGGCGCCUCUGAACGCUAGACUCGGCAUCUGGCUGCACUACUUGUGGCCUUCACUCUGUCGCUACUUGCUCUACUCACGGGGGCUUCGUCAACUUCACGGACUUCGCUCAGAAACCCAUGAUAAAUAUUGAAUUCCUUCUCAUUCACACUGUUCCAUUGAUGUUUUUCAAAUUUUAUUUUAAAAACGAACCUAGUCAUCAUAUUUUUCUGUUGAUAAUUAAAUGUUUCAUUAUAUUUCGGUGAGCUAUUUUAUUGGUCUGAAUUUGCUUUUUCUGUUUCCCAACAACAUUGGUUCAUUUUGUGAAAUAAAUGAAGUUUUCAAAAGUGAGAACCUUCGAAACUGUAACUGCACUCUAUGUGAAAUUCAAAAUAAUUUUUUUCUCAAAUGGCAAUGAUGAAAAAAAUUCUUUGAAAAAAACAAAUGGACUCUUUUUUGAUUACUUUGCGUAAAAAGUGAUAGCCAUCCAAGUAUGGGGUUUUCGAAAACUUUCAGGCAAAAAAGUUGAAUUUUAGAGAAGUUUCAUAUUUUAAACUGGUUUUUCUUUUGUCAGCGGCACAAUUGGCACGUUUUCGUGGCAAAAGAUAAGUUAUCAAUUUGCAAACAUCACUUAAUAAGCUUGAUAAUCCUUACGCCUUCGAAUUUGGACAGUCUCUUCAUUUUUCCCUUUUUUUACUCUUUGCAGUACUUUAAAUUCAGGGUUACAAACGGCGUCAAGCCGAGCCGUUUUAUUUGAAACGAUGUGGUCGCAAGGUUCAGAACCAAUGCCGCCUCGUCAGACCAAAUGGUAAUAUUUAAAAUUUCCCAUUUAAAUUUACUUCAUCAAGAUUUAAAAUCUCACGAUGACAUGUGAUGAGUCUUUUUGGUCUUAAAAAAAUGUCUUUUUUGAAUAAAAGAAAACUCGAUCAAUGGCUCGUUUCUCCAUUUUUCCAUCUCUUUUGCAGGUACCUACUGGAAGGGGUUGACAAAAGAGUCAAAUGGACAUCAAUCGGGUUUUUUUUGAUUUCACUAGCUCUACUGAUUGCCGGUAGUGUAAUGCUUGGAAUAGGCAUUUCAAAAACGAACAGUUCGAAUGAUGGCGGUAAAAAAUCUCAGAAACAUCAGAUUUUUCGGUUUUCAGUUUGUCCAACUGUUACUGGCGAAACUAUGUUCAUCACGGCUAAGUCGACACUUUUGAACUAUUCAUCCGUCCAGAAAAAUUAUGCUCAGUCAGUAUCGAUCUUGACAUCACAAGUUGUGAAAGCCCUGAAAAAGAAAAUAAGAAAAAAGUUAAGAUAACAGACGCACUAACCAAAAGUGCUGGUCUCAAACUCGUUGUAGCGACUGCAGUUCCACCUAUUUCAAUGUAUUGACUUUGUAUUUGUUCAUUCAUCAUUCACCUCUUUAGUCUCGGAAUAUCUCCAACAGAUGAUGGAGUAUUGGUAAUCUACGCUUUAUCUUACACAAAUGAUAAUGCUCCGGCUCAAGACGAUCUCCAGAAGAAACUUCAGAGUGAACCUAACCUAAUCCCAUCUGCUGUCACCAGUGAGUGCUUAAGAACUUUUUUUCUAGUUUUUUGAUCAUUUGCAUAACGAUUCUAUAGAUAAAUUUCUUCUGAACUCGGCAUCCAUCAAACAUUUCUUUAUAAUUGUAUUGAUUUUGCAGACACGACGGCCACAAGUUUGAACCAACAAGCUUGCAAUGUUGUUUCGAACAUUCCAUUGCGGACAUCGACUACAGUGUCCCCCACGAAGAUCUCAACGCAAUCUUCUGCAAUUCCAACGGAAUUUUCACCCACCUACACCGCUAGAAGCUCUGUCUCGGUUGUUAGCAAAAAUACUACAAAGAGUCCACUGGGCACGACAAUUACCAAAAAUAGACAAACAGGGAAAACAAGCGUUUCUUUUCCGCCGGUCAGUGGUCCUACAACGACCCCUGGAUCUUCUAAUCCCCCGAAUUCAACCGUCUCUUCCGCUACAAAAGCUUCAUCGAUAUUCACCACGAAUCGAAGUGUUUCAACUAAUAAUACAGUGCUUCCUGGAAAGACAACAACACCCCGACCUUCUGCAACCACAACUUUCACGGUCACCGCUUACAGUAAGGACGUCCUAAUUUUACUCGAUGAUUCAGUGGCUAUGAAAACUCCUGACAAUUUUGAGAAGGUAAUCAAAACUGUUUAGAACUUAUUCAUGUCCUCUAAAUAAUUUUCAAGGUUAAAAAGUGGAUAAUGACAUCACUUCUACCUCUCUGGACGAUCGAUGAGAACAACAUCGAAGUAGCUUUUGUUACCUACGCUAAAGUUUCUCGAACAUUUUUUCAAAGGCUUUAAAAAGUUUUUUAGAACGAGUUCAAUGUGCUUAUGAGCUACGAUGAAAACUCUGAGAACGAACUGGACCAAGUGAUUCAAGCGCAGCAAUAUGGAGGGAAGUUCAACUCUAGCAUCACCAAGUAAAAUAAUAUAACACCAAAAAAAAUCUUUGAAUGGGUUUAGAGCACUUCGGGGAGCCGUAGGACUAAAAGGAACCAGAAACGUCCCUCAAACCACUAUUCUCAUUUCAUCAUCGAAGUCGGGUAUUUACAUAAGCAGAAAGAGGAAAUUCUUUCAGUGACUUGAUUGAUAUUGAGCAAGCGAUGCCAUUUGCACGUCAGAUUACCAAUUCCGCCGUUAAUCAACUGAUAACGGUUAAUUUGGCAACAAACGAUGGGGGCAGCUUGCUCGGAUUAGUAAGCAAUGUUGGUUGAAUGAUGAGCAAAUGAACGGCCUCAGCUUUCUUCGGGUGAAGGGAGAUAUUUUGGCGUCAGGGAUUUCACCCUAACGGAGUCGAUUGCUCAGCUCAUCAGUCAAGAAAUUUAUGGCUUUGUCACUCACUUCACGGAAACAACGAUGUGAGUUUGGACUUGGAAAAUCUGCUGAUUUCGGUUUGCAGUCGGACAACGAUUCUUCCAGAUUUGCCGUGUCAUCCAGACAUUGCAAUAAUUCUGGACUCCUCUGGUGCUGUCCCUAACAUCACAGAGUACCAGAACGUAAGUUUCGAAUUAUAUUUUCUUUGUUCCCUUAUAUAACGGGGGGUUUUUCAGCAAAUCAAUUUUGUCAGUAGUUCCCUUAUUCCCAGCUGGCCUGUUUCUGUACAACAAAUCGAAGGAGAGUUGGUCAUAUUUUCAUUGGUAACGGGCGUCAGGCUUUUUUUAUCAACUUCGGAAAUUUUUCAAGACGGAGAGCGGAGAUAUUGCCGAGAACGCAUUCCAAUACAAAGAUUCGGCUGCUUUCUCCAGUCAAGUGAAGCUCUACAAAGACUUUUAUUUCCCACAAGCACAGCCCAGCAUCGCCGCGUGAGCUUACCAAUGCUCCAAAUAGUAUAUGAAAAUGAAUUUUUUAUUGAACUUAUCAAAAAAGAUCCUUAAAAUUAACGGGCAACAAAAGUUGCAAAAAAGAUAUUUUUUAGAUCUCUGUGGUUCCUUUCAAGAAAUUUGGAAAAUCGACGCCCCAAUCGCCAACCUGUGACAAUUAUUUUCACAUAUUCCAGGUUUUCAAAAUAAUAUCAAACUAACUCGCUACCCCAUUCUUAGCGAUCCAAACGACGUUUCUGCAGCCAUUCCAUUUGCGGAUACUCUGGGAGGAAAUCUCAUCGUGAUUGGAAUAGGAGAUAAUGUGGACGGAAUGCAGCUGCAGCAGCUUUCGGGAAACUCUGUGGUUCAGAAAAACUAUCAAAACUCGGAUGGUUUGACAGCUCAUGUAAGCUUUUUUUUAGAAAACAGAGAUAUUAAAUUUAAGAAAAAAAAAUUAAUUUUUCUUGAGUCGGAUGGAAUGAAUUCAAUUUUUGAGAUUAACUCUCUUCUGUGUUCGAAAUCAACGCGACGACCCACCAUGAGGCCAACUUCCGCUCCAGCGACGUCGACUGCAGCGAUCACGACAGUCCCAACUACUACACUUAUCCCCACCACUCCCAGUAUGUCUUCUCCUUACAAAUUGAUCCUCAAAGUUAUAGUCAAUUUUUUCCGACUUCAAAGGGGGCGGGGCUGCGGACGGGACGCGUAGUGUGCGCGUUCGCAAUUCUUGGUACGGGUUCACUUCAACCGUCAGCGACUAUUUGGAGUGCUCGUUUAUCGCUCUUUUCAUUUCUGAAUUUUUUUCAUGAGUGAAUUGAAAAAAAGUAGAACAAAAAAAAGCGGUGAUUGAGCUUUUUGAACAGUUGGUGCGCUUGAAUUGAACUCGUGCCAAGAACCGCGUACACACACGCUACGCGUCCCGCCCCUUACUCCGCUUCCCUCGCCUUCCAUGGAUCGACUAUACUUCCGGCAACGAAAAGUUAUCGAACGGAAAAUAUUAAAAUGAGAUUUUUUGAACGAUGAAGAUUUUCAGCAACAGUCAAACCCAAACCAUGCGCAGACUGUUACCCUGCUACAGCCAAUAUUUUAAUAAUCCUGGAAGCUUACAACUCUUCCAACGUAAUAAAAUCAAGGAAAUUCUCACAGAAAUUCUCCAUUUUUCAGUUGUCGCAACAGAAAACCCUUGUCAAUGAAGAUCUCACAGGAUCUUGGACACACUUCGAAAGGGCUUCAAUAUUAGGCUAUGACACCUACAACAAGUUUUUGGAUCCAAUCAAGUUGCUUCUUCUCGUAUUAUGAAUAUGAUUUCAUUCUUUUCAGUUUCGGAGAUCUACAAGAUAGAACAGAAUUUUCGGCGGUUAUAGACGGCUUGUCCCCGUUCGACAGUGCGCCUCAACUUUUGAGGUUAGAUUUUCUUUUAUGCAGUUCUCGAAAAACAAUUUUCAGUGCUUUCAAAAAUGCUUUGUCUACUUCAAGACCUCUUCCUUCUUUUGGCCCGAUGAACACUGUAUUAUUCACGAGUAUAACGUAUUUUUUUUUGAGUUUUCUUUAGCUUCUAAUGAAUGGCUUUUAGAGACACUGACGAUAUACAAUCAUCCAUUCCCUUCUCGGGAUCAUUGAGGUCUCGAGGAAAAGUGACAGUUUUUUUCUUUUUUCAUCAGCAAAAUUUAAAAAAUAGGUACUCAUUGUCGGGAUUGGACUACAAGAUGUAAGUAUGCUCAAAGUACUUGCCGAUAGCGUUAUACCGUGGCCAGAUGUAACAAAAGUUGAUGGCUUGGCUGACAAAAUCAAUUCUUUCUUAGGUUUUAACUGUAGGGUUUUACAAUCUUAAAAAUAUUUUCAAGGAGGAACUGCUCCAACAGGGCCAACUGCUGCUCCAACCUCAAAGUUGACAAGUAUAAGUUCAAAUAUUUUUUUAUUUUUGUAUUUGUUAACACUGUUCAGCGUCUGAAAGUCACACCUCAAGAGCUGGUCCGUCAUCUAGAGUUACGCAUGGGAUGAGUGAGCUUUCAAAAAUAAAUUUUUAAAAAAAUGUUUCUCGGAUGCUUUCAAAAUGGUUAGCUUCAAUUCUGCCAGAUCUGAUAAAAAAAUGUGUUGAUUUUUUUGAUUGAGUAUCGCAACUGUGAUUUAAAAAAAUCAUAAAAAAUCGUAAAAAAAUGAAGUUAAAAUCAUUUCAAAGGAGAAAGGUAUUAGAAAAGAAUGUUUGGAUGAAAAAUUUUUUGGGAAAAUUGCCUAUUUCCACUGCGUUUGAUGAAGUUUCUCAAGACUUGAUCAUGAGAAGUUUUUGGCCGAGUUUUUGCCCAUUAUUUUUUCUAUUUUCUCGGACUUUGAUGAAUUAUUUUUCCGACAAAUUUCAAAUAAAUUUGUCUAAGAACUUCAAUUUGUUUAUCAUGCAGUCCCAAUGUGUGAAAACGGAAUAUUGCAGCAAGUAGCUCUGCGACGGGUAGCACGCCGACCGGCACCACACCACAAAGUACACAAACGAGUGAGCCGCUUCCGUUCUCCUUGUCUUCUAAUUUUUUUUAGCCGCCCCGUUGCCCUGCAAGCGAUCUUUAAUUCUUCUUCUCGACGAGUCUUCUGCUUUUAACUUGCAAGAAAAUUUCGACGUCGUAAGGACAAGUUUCUGGAAAUUUUUUUUGACCCACUAUGUUCAGGUGAAGCAAUGGGUUCUCAAAAAACUCAUUCCGAAUUUGCCGUUCCAGGAUGGCAUUUUAGUAUCGGCAUAUGGAUAUACAGCAAAAGUGAACUAUUUCUUGAGGAUUUGUUUUUGCAGUUUUUUGUGCACUUUACAAACUAGAAAACCUCAAGAUUAAGUUCAUGAAGACCAAAGAUGGUUUAGGGCGACAUUAGGUAAAAAUGACGCGUACAUGAAGUCUUUUUUUCGUUUGGACUCCUAAGCCAUCGGUGACAAAUCACCUCAAUGAAAGUUUGUAAUCUGUUAACAAAACAAUGAGCAAACCUUUUAGGACUUCCUUACAGUAACUUCUUACCAAACUAGCGGCGAAGGCAGUGCAUCGUAAACUUUAUUUUGCGCUCUUUUUCCCGUUCUAAACUUGUGUGUUCCAAAUGCAAACAGCGACACUAAAACUGACACAAUCGUGAAAAACCAAACAUGUUAGCUUCCUUUUUUUUCAGAAAUGGGACGAUAUCGGAGGAGAUUUCGAGUCUAAUAAUAUUGAAGAUUUGUCGGAAAUCAUUGACAAUAUGUAUUUGUAUCAAGGCAAGGAUAGCCCGAAUAUCACAAGGUUGAAUUUCUAUCAAGGAACAUCAACAUAGUUUCACAGAGCGUUUAUCAACGUAGCGGAUGUCAAAGUGAAUAAUGACUAUAGAUCUCUUCCGUUGACCACUGUUAUUGUUUCUGCGUCUGAGUAAGUUUUGUCAAACAGUUGGGACCUUUUUGCAAUUCCCUUCCGAAGUCAAAAAGUGUUUUAAGCAAUCAAGAUGACGUCACGAACGCCAAAAAGUACGCGGUGAAAAUGAAAACGGCUUUGAGCGAUGUCGUCACCAUUCUGUUCUCGUCAGAAGAGACAGACAACCUCAAAAAAGUAGGAGAAAACGGAAUUGCAGACUCUAAACUCAGUUUUCAGUUGUCCUCGGGAGAUUCUUUCAACUUCAAACAAUCUUUUGAGAACAUCGGACAAGAGUUCACCUCAUCUGUUGUUAAAUCUAUUUGUGCUUCGAUUCCCGCAACGCUCUCAUAA